AUUAGGUAUCUGCUCUUCACUUUAAUUCUUAUCUCAGUCUCUUUUGAGAACAAAUCGGGUUGAAUUCAUUUAUUUACCAUACUUCAACAUUGUCCGGAUUGCAUCAAGAUCCUCUCCGUGCCAAUUUAUUUCUCCUCCAAAAUUCCAGAUGACCGCAUCGUCGAAGAAAACCAAGGGGAGGGCCGAGCCUCUUUUCCUUCAUUUUCAUACUCUGGUACUAACAUUGCUUCUAACUGCAGCUAUCUUAGAUGCAGCCAAGGCGUCUCCAUAUGUCUCAACCAGAUCUGUGUUGGACAAUGAAGUAGAGGAUGAGUCGCCUCAAGUUAGGUUACGUAGUACAUUCUCCAGCGAAUUAGAGCUUUUGGAGCCGAUUGCGACUGAUGCACCACAAACAUAUCUAGAGGAUUCGAAUCCAACAGGGGAACUUUACUUACUUUCUGAUACGACUUCAGAGCCGACUGAAACCGAAGAACCGAUUUCAGAUCUCGACGAACCAACUUCGGAGCCGACUGAAACAGAAGAGCCGACUUCAGAUCUCGAUGAAACAACUUCGGAGCCGACUGAAAUAGACGAGCCACUGGUAGUCUCGACACGUCCGUCGGGCUUGUUUAAUUUUGACGAGGAAUCCUCAAAAUCAACUGACCCGAUUUCAGCCGCGGAAGAUGUUCUUUACGAUGACCCUUACAUGAGGCACGUUGCCGGCCCGCUGAAAGAUGAUGACUUAGAAUACAGUCUCGAUUUUUAUGCCGAUAAAAUGGCGAUGAAAGAAUUUGACUUCAGCCCUGUGGACAUUGCGAGAAAGUUAACAGCUGCUGCUAAAGCGCACGGCACUCAACCAGACCAAUUCCUUGAGGAGAUCCAAGACUUGAUAGCUUUGCAGAACCGGUCGAGCACGGAGGUGAUUGGACUCACCAACGAAAAAGAGGUCUCGCAACUCCACUCGGUGUUAAUGAGAUCGAGUUUACUACAGCGAGUUACGGACGGCUGGAAGCACGCAUUGAAACGCCUCGAGGAGAAAUACAACGUGAGCGCGCCGGAGUCCGCAGGUCCUGAGUCAAUCACGGCCACACGGCUGGCUCUCAUGUUCCCGCAAUACGUCAAUUUUGGCCAAAAACCUUUUACGGAGCCCUCGUGGACCAACGUGUUGUCAUCGGGUGAGCACGGCUUUUCGGUUCCGGAUUUUUUCAAACGUCCGGAAUUCAGUGGCUUCAUCCCUCGAGAUACGAACUCGCUUGGGUACCAAGCUAGGCAAGCAAUCAUAGGCACACACUUGUAUGCUCUUCACAAAGACAAUCUCAAUGAUGGGGUCCCUCUUCGGACCAAAUGCGUAAUGUUAAAACGACGGAUUGAUAAAAGUUUGCUGUCGAAGGAACGCAGAAUUAGGUUUCUCAAAAAUAAUGACAUUGUCGACAUUAAUGGUUAUGUGGUACACUCGAUAUUAAAAACCUUCACGUUUCUUCCAGAAAAUUUCACUCAGAAAAUCAUAUGGGAUCUUUUUGGAGAAAACAAACCCAUGUCAUGGUCAUACCCCUAAAUCCUUGACAGUUGAUAUCUAACAGUUGAUACAUGUGCCCUAUACAAGUUUUCCAACACUUGUCUGCUGUUUUGACGAGCUAAAUAAUUAGUCCCUGCAUUUCACAGCAAUAAAAGAGAGAACAAGGCGUUUCUCAGCGCUGCCGUGCGAAGGGAAAACGCCGUAUGAACAUUCGGGAGUUGCCAAAUUUCCUUCGAUAAAAAAUAUAUUUUUGAGGAAAGCUAUGAACAUUUUUCCUUCAAAUUUUAAGGAGCUCUGUGUAAAAUUGCGAGCAAAAUUAUAUGAAAAAUUGGAAGAAAAAUAGUUACAAAAUUUCUCGAGAUUUCACGAUUUACCUAGGGAGAUUUGGCAACGCCUGAAUGUUCAUACGGUGUUUUUCCUUGGCACGGUAGAGCGGGUAGACGUCUUACCAGUGAUUUGAGACGACAGCGCGGCUGAUGCCGCAUUUCGUACCAUACUGUCAGCAAAAAAUUGGGGGGGGGGACCUAGCGCUCCUUCAAUUUCUCAAGUAUGCGACAUAGACGCCCGUAGAGCAGGAAUAGUUGCAUGAAGGCGUUGCGAUCUACCAGUGCGUCUCACUUGCGUGACAGAGACACCAAGAACAUUCAUCUUUUUUCGUCCGAUCAAUUUAGGAGGUAUGAACCACGAAUGCCAUUAAAACUUUUAAAUUCUCCAUAGGAAUGAAAUAAAGUAACACUGAGUUACUUAUGCACUGAGAAGAGCAAACUUCUUCAUUUAGAUUUUUUUAUAGUUAAAAUAAUUAAUGCUCAUUGAUUUUAAGUUUAGGAUCUUCUGUUUGGGCGAACUUCGUGAAUCUUGGUUGAAUGAAGUUGCGUAUAAGUUCAUAAUAAUUAAAAAAACGUCAGUGUUCACCAGAAGUUUCACGAUCUGAGGAAUACAAUGAAUUAUAUGACUGGACGCUGAUGCUGGUACACAUGUGGGUUUCGCUCGCUUAGAUAUUAUCUAAUUAGGAUGAAUGACAUUUGUAUUGCUUCUUUCACCAUUGAAGAGAGGCAUCUCAGUUAAUAUCGGAAUUAGAAGAAUGACGACUGGAUUUAUCUCAUAGUAGUCUAUCAGACACCAUGAUCCAACACUUAUCCUGUGACUAAUUCUUCAAUUGGACUACAUUUUGCAAUUUGGAACUAUAGAUUCUAGCCCAGUUUAAAAACAACGUAUUUGCCAUUAGUUCCCCUAUGCACAUAAGUGGUUUUUCGGGUGAGCCAGAAUUUAUAGGUCCCAAUUGCAAAAUGCAGUCCAAUUACAAUUCUGUAGCAUUAGCCACAUACCCAUUUUUUGUAUCUUUCUUUUCUUCUUCAUUCUUUCUGCUCACUUCCUACUGCAACUACUACUCAUGUGAUGCUUUUGAAAAAAAUAGACUUAAGGUAAUUUUUAUA